UGCACUGGUUUAUUAUAACUAUUUAACCCAAAUCCCACCAACAUAUUUAAUAUACAAGGACUACCAACUGGGGUCCCUGAAGACCCCCAGAAACUACUGUAAGAAACAACCAUCACAGCAAAAUGUUAACAUAUUUCUUUUCAAAACAUUAUUAGUUAUGUCAUAAAUCAUCUGGAAAAAAACAGGUUAUUAAUAUUUCAGGAAAGUUAGUUAAUUUGCAUAUUUUGUAAAACGAAAAUAUAUACUUUACAUACUAUACUUUAUAUACAAAUUGCAGUUUUUAUCCCAAGUACAAUCUUUUCACAAAGUCUUCAAAAUAACUGACAGGGAGCCCCCGAUAGUGUGUGAUACUUUAAAUUAGGACACAUAGCAAACAUUAACUCAAUAAAUAGUUCCAUCUAUUAAAACUACAUAGCCAGAACUGGGUGCUUUUGACUGGAGUCCCCGAGGACCUCAAUACGUUGGUAUUUUUAAAAAGCACUAACUAAAACAGAAACAGAAAACGUCAUUAGGAACAAAUUGAUUGACAAAGUCAUGAACAAUUGGAAUGAUAAAUAAUUGGUGAUAAAUCACCUGUGAGAUAUGACAAAAAGUAAACCUGUGAGGUCUGCGGGGACCUCAGUCGGUAUGAUUAAGGUUAAUCCACUAAUGGGAUUUAGAAAUAGACUGUUAUUUAAUUAUUUUAUCUAGUGUAUAUAUAAUUUUUCCAUUUUCAUACAUUCCCCCGUCCAGACCUUCCAGGUGCAUCAGCUCUGUCUUCUUCUCCUGCGUGAAAAACAGGAAGCUGCAACCAAACCAAACCCAAAAAAACCAACAUGUUUUCGUUUCCACACGACAUGUAGUUUAUUAUCCAACCCCAACACGUGACAAUAUCCGUGUUUAUAAAACGACAAAUGAAUUAUUUCCUCCCCAUCUGUCUCUUUCUGUCUCUCUCUCUCUCUCUCUCUCUUUUUUUUUUCUUCUUUCUCCCACCUCUAGUGAAAAAAUCUGAAUUACAGCACUGCGCGGUGGACAUGCGCGGAGCUGCAGCGAACAUGGCGGCUUGCAUCUGAUAGAAAGUGAGGAAUCUCCCAUCAAAAAAACACCCCCACUGUUCAAACGUGUUUUUGUGGGUUACUUCCUGCCUGACUUCACUUCCUCUGCAGCAACACGUUUAACUCUUCAUCAUGGGACGAACACCGCACAGAGAUCAAAAAGAGGAGAAGAAGGAGAGACGAAGCAGCAUCACAGCUGGCUCUGCCCUCGACAAAUCUAAUGAACCGUUCAGUUGGGAAGAAUAUCUGAGAAAAACUUCCUCCACUGCAGCCUCGCCUACUUGCUUCAAACAGUCCAGAGUCCCCCCAUCCAAUGACUUUAAGGCAGGUAUGAAACUUGAGGCACGGGACCCCCGCAACUCUAACUCUGUGUGCAUCGCAACGGUGAUGGGCAUGAUGGGUACACGUCUACGCCUGCGUCUGGAUGGUAGUGACAACACCAAUGACUUCUGGAGACUGGUAGACUCGUCAGACAUCCAACCAAUAGGGACCUGUGAAAGGAACGGAGACAUGCUCCAGCCGCCGCUGGGUUUCAGGAUGAAUGCCUCCUCGUGGCCCAUGUUCCUCCUACGGACGCUGAGUGGAGCAGAGAUGGCGCCUGCCUCUGCCUUUAAGAAGGAACCAGCCAGUCCUGCUAAAAACUACUUCCAGCCUGGUAUGAAGCUGGAGGCUGUGGACAGGAAGAACCCGUACCUGAUUUGUCCCGCCACAGUCGGAGAGGUCAGAGGUCAGGAGAUCUUUGUCAUGUUUGACGGCUGGCGAGGGGCCUUUGACUACUGGUGCCCCUUCGACUCCAGAGACAUCUUCCCGGUUGGCUGGUGCACACUGACGAAACAUAGUUUACAGCCACCUGGAAACUUCUUUACCCUCCCUGGUGCGCUCCUCGCCCCCGUCUCUUCCACCUCAUCCUCCCUCACUACACGUCGCUCCUCUUCCAACUCCUCCUCCGCCAUGCAGACCUCAUACCGACUUCCCAACCCCUUGCCACCCCUCCCCGUGCGCAAGGGUGUCCGAGGUCGUCGUCCCAAAUCCCAGACUAUUGCUUUGUUGAAGGCAGCGGCUGAGGCUGCUGCGGCGGCAGCAGCAGUAAAUGGAGCAUCACAGAGCCCUGCCAGAACUAGCUCUGGGGCUCAACUGGCCCCCAGACCACACAGGAAGAGAGGACCCAAGCCUGGGAGCAAGAGGAAACCUCGGGUGGUGCAAUCCCUCGGGGCGUCGUCAGUUACAGCUCCGCCUCCAGAGACCAGACUGAGCUCCAGCCAUGUCUCAGCGGACAACAACCAUAGCAACAGCUCAAAUGUAGUUUGCACAGUGUGCGUCUAUGUGAACAAACAUGGUAACUACGGCCCCCAUCUUGACCGAAAACUAGUGCAGCAGCUCCCAGACCACUUUGGCCCAGCUCCAGUCAACGCAGUGCUUCAGCAGGCUGUUCAGGCCUGCGUGGACUGCACGUACCAGCCCUCUGUGCUGCUGUCAUUCCUACAGAGCCAAUCCCACACAGGAGGAGAGGUCAUCAGAGUGCGGUCAGAGCAUGGUAUCCGCUAUGUGAAACUGCCCUCUGCCUCCAGUGCUUCGUCUGUGCUGCGGUUCCUGGAGAACAUGUGUCAACAUCUGGAGAGUGACAGUCUGUUCAGUUCGCAGCCAUUCAGCUCCUACAGCAAAAACACACGCUUCUACGACAGGACAAAGUCAGAACCACUGUCCCACACCGAGAACGGCCUGUCUAAUGACGAUUCCACAAAGGAUCCUGCUCCCAGCACCCGAUCCCUUCACACCGCGUCAGACUACCGAGCCACAAAGAAGGAGCGGCCAUAUUACCCUGGACACACACACACACCGCCACCCUUACGACGCGUCAGCUCCAACCCGACCGAAAUUGGCCCAAUACGUACACACAGACGAGUGGAGGCAGCAAGCUCAACAACAGGCCCAGACCAUGUGACACAGGAAAAGGAGAGUUCAGGGAACGACGCCUCCUCCUGGUCAGUUGGCGAUGUUGUACGGUUUGUCCAAGAAGUUGAUCCCCAAACUCUCGGCCCGCAUGUUGAACUGUUCAGGAAACAUGAGAUUGAUGGCACAGCUCUAAUGCUGCUGCGCAGUGAUGUCAUAAUGAAAUACAUGGGACUGAAGCUGGGCCCGGCGCUCAAACUCUGUCAUCACAUCGAGAAGCUGAAACAGACCAAACAAUAGAGAUGGAGGCGCUCUUCUCUCACUGGCAAACAAACACACAAACAAAGUCAUUAUUCUACAGGGAAUUAGUGCAGUAUAAACCCACCUGAACCAGGGUCGUAGCUACAAAGAAGACACUGAGGUCAUGUCUUCCGUUUUUUUUUCUUUGUGAGUUUGGGGGUUUUAACAACCUGCAGGGAGUUCACUGAUAAAAAUGUACACAUAGUGGGUAUUUUAUGAAGUGAUUCCAGUAUAUUUAUACUCAACCUGUUUAAUUUGUCUUCUUUUAGGCCAACAGAUGAAUUAAUCAAUAAAAACAUGAAAAAUCUAAGUAAUUAAAGAAAUCAAGAUCUUCUUUUUGGUUUCUGUUGAUAUCGAUAUUUAUUUUGUUGUACUUUGGAUGACUCGUGACCUCAGUGUUUCUAAAAUCCUUGCUACGGCCCUGAUCUGGUUUUUAAAAAAUUUACAGACCACAGUUUACUUUUAUAUUAAAGCAGAUACACAGUACAUCAAUUAAUAAUUUGCCUCAGUGUGAUUAGUAUCAAAUUCCUGAGCAUAGGUGUGAGUUUUGUUCAUAUUAGUGUCUUUUUGCCUUACUAUGAACAACUAGAGGCCAUAUUUAAAUCCACAUUUUAAUUUACCUCUACAUUAACACUUUUACACACAAACGCAAGACAUACACUGUAGGUUUUGCAGCUUUAUCUCUUUGGAUGUUUAGCUGUUUUUUUUUUUUUUUCCCUACUCAUAAUUUCAGGACGGAGCCUCUACAUACAAGUUUGGGAAGGUUAGUUCAGGUACUGGCAGUGAAUGUCUCACUGCAUUCUUUCUACCAAUGCAAUAACAAUUCUGACUGAUUGCUCUUUUAUAGACUGUCGUAAAUGCAAGCCAGUGAAUGUAAGAAGUCAUGAGCAUUAUUACCAAGAGGUACUGAACAACUGGAGUGCCCCAGUUAUCUGAAUGAGAAGUGUUGCUCCCUAAAGUCAGUCAAUCAAUAAAAACAAUUUUAUUCAUAAAAAUCAUUCAUAAAUUAACUAUUCAUAAAUUAACUUUGGCAGAGAAGGCACAACUUGUGGAUAUCUUAUUAAGAAAGAAAAUGUUUCAUUUGUUGUUGUUUUGCAGCGCGAGCUGUAGAUGCAGAAAAUCAGUCACUGAAGAGUUAUUUUUUUAUUCUUUAUUUGUGUCUGUUUCAUGUGCUGGAAGACAUUCAAGCUGAACGAUCUCAGCUUGAGCACUGACUUUGCUACAUGAUUGUAUUAUGCUUGGGCAGCCACACUAUCAAACACACACACACAAACAUAAGACAUACACACACAAUGACUGGAAUACUAGAAAUGUUGACAUUAAAGGGGACCUAUUAUGCUUUUCCUUAUUUUCAGUCAUAGAUAUAUAAUGUUACAAUGUCAGAUGUUCACA